UAAAAGUUCACAGCAACAUUUGGAAUUCUAAUUCUAAAUGUUGAAUUAAUAGUAAUUAAUUCUAAUUCUAACUAUUUUCCCAUUUGAACGGUCGUCUCUUGUUCGAUCGCUGUUCUGAAAAACUGACACAAAUUAACUCGUCCUUAGAGAGAACCAAGUAGGAGGAGCGCUACGUUCAGAUUCAAGAGCGGCGACGGAUUUUUAAUCCUGAAUUAAAUUCUCCAAGAGUGUAGAAAAGGAAGAUGUCUUAUUCCACUCGACAUCGCAUGGGAGGGAAGAGGAUUAGGAUGGAUGAUCCAGUUCCGGAGUAUGAAAAUCCAAUGAGUCCUCCGAUGGCACCAGAGACACCAGCACCUGGCUUGUUUCACGACAAUGACAUGUUCAGUGGCAGCUAUGAUGAUACUGGCUCCGAUAUUGACCCGGCAUCCGUAAAUACCACGUAUGACGCCCACUUUGGGUCGACAGUGUCAUUUCACGUUGGUUCAGAUGUAACAAUGGAGUCUCCCAGCAUGCCCAAUACUCGACGAAGAGCAGCAGCUGCGGCUGCCGCUGGAUCAGCCACCCCAGGUUCGAAAACUCCAGGACGCGGAAAGCGGGGACGUGAACAGCCUGUCCCCGCAGAAUCUCCAUCGCCACAUGUUUCGCCAGAUGAACCAGUGGGAAAAAGACCACGAGGUAGAGCAGCAGGUGGAAGCAAACGUGGUGCUGCAGCUGCUGCAACAGUAGAUCAUUCUAAUAUUGAUGAAGACGACAGCUUGUACAAUGCAGUUUUACAAGGAAAAUGUUCUCUGCAAGCAUUGGUGGAUGAUUGGAUUGAUGAUUACAAGAGCAACAAAGACUCGACCUUGCUCAAGCUAAGUCAAUUUUUCAUUAGCGCAUCGGGGUGUAAAGGAAAAAUAACACCCCAAAUGGCAUCUAUGGAACAUGCUGCAAUCAUUCGAAAAAUGACAGAGGAGUUUGAUGAAGAGAGUGGAGAAUACCCAUUGGUCAUGUCCGGGCAGCAGUGGAAAAAGUUUAGGCAAAUAUUUUGCGACUUUGUUCAGAUGUUGGUCAAGCAGUGCCAGUACAGCAUCAUUUAUGAUCAAUAUUUGAUGGAUAAUGUAAUUUCCCUCCUCACUGGAUUAUCCGAUUCACAAGUCCGGGCAUUUAGGCACACAGCCACGUUGGCAGCUAUGAAACUCAUGACAGCGUUGGUGGAUGUAGCUCUUACUGUGUCCAUCAAUCUGGACAACACUCAACGGCAGUACGACUCGGAACGACAAAAAGCUAGUGGGAAACGAGCAACGGAUCGUCUGGAAGCUCUCAUGACUAAACGCCAAGAGUUAGAAGAAAACAUGGAUGAGAUUAAAAACAUGCUGACAUAUAUGUUCAAAUCGGUGUUUGUGCAUCGUUAUCGUGACACAUUACCCGAGAUUCGGGCAAUUUGUAUGGCUGAAAUUGGGAUUUGGAUGAAGAAAUUUCAUCAAAACUUUCUGGAUGAUUCAUAUUUAAAGUAUAUUGGAUGGACCCUUCACGACAAAGUUGGUGAAGUUCGCUUAAAGUGUCUUCAGGCGUUACAACCAUUGUACUCCACGGAGGAACUCAAGGGGAAACUAGAACUUUUUACCAGCAAGUUUAAGGAUAGAAUUGUAGCCAUGACCCUGGACAAGGAAUAUGAUGUGGCCGUGCAGGCUGUUAAGUUGGUGAUUCUGAUCCACAAAUUUCAUCGAGAGAUUUUGACCGACAAGGAUUGUGAAUUGGUGUACGAACUUGUUUAUUCUUCUCAUCGUGCUGUGGCACAAGCUGCGGGAGAAUUUUUGAAUGAACGACUGUUCGUAGUAGAUGAAGGGGCAGUUGAAAACAUUCGAACGAUGAGGGGGAAGCCACGGCUCCCGAACACUCCUCUAAUUCGAGAUCUUGUGCAAUUUUUUAUCGAGUCAGAGCUUCAUGAACAUGGAGCCUAUUUGGUGGAUUCAUUAAUUGAAUCCAACCCCAUGAUGAAGGAUUGGGAAUGCAUGACAGAUCUACUCAUUGAAGAAAAUGGGCCACAAGAGGAACCGUUGGAUGACAAGCAAGAAACAUCCCUUAUCGAAAUUAUGGUCUGCGCAGUUAAGCAAUGUGCUACUGGAGAGCCACCAAUUGGAAGAGGUCCUACCCGAAAAAUCCUAUCAGCCAAAGAACUCAAACAAGUAAGCGAUGACAAGAUUCGAUUAACGGAACACUUCAUUCCCACUCUUCCAACUUUACUCACAAAGUACAAAUUGGACCCGGAAAAAGUUGCAAACUUGCUAUCUCUCCCUCAGUACUUUGAUUUGGAAAUUUACACCACGUCGCGACAGGAAAAGUCUCUGGACAUGUUGUUGGAACUUAUAAAAGAGAUUACAGACCAGCACAGUGAACCCGAUGUUCUAGAAGUUGCUUCAAAAACAUUAGAAACCAUCUGUUGUGACGACGCUAGAAAGUCGAGCAGAACAGAAGUUGCAUUGAUGAAUGUUUUGGAAUCUAUUUGGCUCAAAUUUGCUGCUGCUUCUAAGGAUUAUGAGGCCAGCUUAGCCGAAGAAGAACCCGACAGGGAUGAUAUUUACAAUCUCAACAUGAGUCUCCGAAAAAUCGCAGUAUUUUAUGGAUGUCACAGUUUUGACAAGUUUGAAGUAUGGGAACGAUUAUUUCGAAUUAUUCGAUCCACACAUGGGACAAAUCUGUAUCCUCAAGAAGCCGUGAAGCAUGCUAUAGGGGCAUGUUAUUUUGCAUUACUCUGGGAUUUAAAGAACAUUCAAGAAAAAGGAGAACACGGUGUCUCUGGAACCGAUGAUGUUCCCAAACUUCAUCGCAAACUGAACGACUACAUGUUUGAAAUGAAAAACUUGAUUUUCCAACACGAUGGUCCACACUCCUUCAAAGAGGAGGCCUACACAUCUAUUUGCGACGGACUUAUUAUAUUUUGUGACCAGUUGUCAAGCCAGAAAUGGAUGGAAACUCUAGUUUACAAACCGGAUCAAGAAUUGCAGAGACUUCUCAAUAGAUUCAUGCAAGACAACGUGUUCAAUGAGGACAGGGAUGAUGAGUUGGAUGAACAUGCCAGGAUCGAAGGAUUACAUAAAAUGAGGAAUUAUUUGGCACAAUUUUGUAAACUGAUUGUGUACAAUGUCCUGCCUAUUAGUGCUGCAGCUGAUGUAUUCAAAUACUAUGUAAAGCACUACAAUGAUUAUGGUGACAUCAUUAAAGCUACGUUGGGGAAGGCUAGAGAAAUUAACAAAGUCAACUGUGCCCUCACAAUGAUAGUGAGUCUAACAAACGUGUUUGCAGAACUCCCAAAAUCAAACAGUUGGAUGGUUGACCGGUCAGCCGAAGAGUUUACAGCGCUGAAGGACUUGGCAAAGCGAUUCGCUUUGAGUUUUGGCCUGGAUGGUGUUAAAAAUCGGGACGCCAUCACCGCUCUGCAUCGUGAAGGAAUAUUAUUCUCUGUCAACCCAUUGGAAAACCCUAACGACCCGACUGGACCACCUCCGAAUCUUCCAUUUCAGGAAAUCCUGUCCGAGUUUACCAACAAACUAUUAAAGCAAGAUAAGCGGGUUGUACUACAAUUCUUGGAUCAUCGUGUCGGAUCCGCAGUUCCAUCGAGCCAGGGUGCCCACUGGCAGCCAUUAUAUGCUUACCGAAAUUCACUCAUGCAUGGAGAAUCGGAUCAUCCUCCGCAAAUUGCAAGAAGAGCAUAUACCAGAAAACGGAACGUGAACGAUGAUGCAGAACAUGAGGAAUUGGAAGACGAUCAAGAUGGGGACAUGGGUUGAAAUUAAUGAUAAAAUCAAAUACCAAUAUUUAAUUCAGAAGACAACAUCAUCCAACCAACGUGCAAUGAUGCUUUUAUUAACUUUGGCACAGAAAAAAUAAGUUGUACAUUGACCAUUUUAAUAAUUAUUCAAGUUAUUUUAAAAUUCAAUACAACACAUUGAAAUAUCGUUGUUACAUUUUUCGAUCCAGCAUUAUUAGUACUUGUUGUUCUAUAUAACCUUUUCUAUUCGAUUCCACAUUAUAUUACACAAUAGUCUGAGAAGAAGGUGGUUUAAAAUUCAGUUUUACCUUCUCCACAAAUGUAUCUUGUGUAUAUAUGUACAUAGGUCUACGGUUGCCGGUUGCUGUUAUUGUUUGUACUAACAAUAGUUUUACUACCGUUUAAAUAGUUUGAUAAUAAUAAUAAUAAUAAUAAUAAUAAUUCAUUAUUACCAAUAACAUAUAAAAGUUCUCGCAAAGUUUAACUGUCUGUGUGCGGAGAAGAAUAUGAGUACUAAUUUGUUGUCUUGUGAUGAUAGUUAAACUCGGUCAAUUACGUUUUCAUAUCUUCCUCCUUGUAUUAUUUAUUAGUAGCUGACGGACUUUAUGAACUAUGUAAUUAAUAUUCUUUGUCUGGAAGUUUCUUUGUAUUAUAAUAAAUGUCAUAAAAACGGA